AAUGGGGAAUAGAGUAGCUGAGAGAGUGAGAGACUGGGAUCUAUUGGCAGUUCCGAUUGGGUUUAGCGUGGCAAAGAGAAGAUGGGGGUCAGGACUGGUCACAGUGGUAGUGACUUGUGGAGUUUUGGGAGUUUUAGUGGCCUGGGUGGUGGUCAUGGUGGUGCAAGGGGAGCAGAUGAAGGGAAGAAGUGAGGUUGAAACAACUACAACCACAGGAAAAUGCAGAGUUUUGAGUCCAAAGGACCCAAGGAUGCUAUUGGCUUCAAGCAUACCUUAUGACUCCUCCGCUCUGAAGUCUCUGACUACUGACUUCACAGCAUCAGAGGUCUCCUCAACUAAGGAGUGGGAGGAGAUCAACUCAGCAACACUUGCUGAAGAAAUAGAGUAUCCAUUCAGCAAUGGCUUUGCGCUAGCUAUUUGACAAAAUAAGCCCAUCAAUAAUGAAUUUGGGAGUUGGUAUGGUUUCAAAAUAGUUCCAGAUAGCCUUUCCAGUGCUUCAUUGAUAAGUUGUACCACUGACUUAUUUCCUGAAGAAGUUCGUGAAGAGUUAAGUAAAGUUGAUCUAUCAUCAUGACUUUGUGUUGAAAAUCCAGAAUCCAUUCCUAUAAGGGGGUGCCUCUGAAACCCUGACUUUCGAACUUUUGGUUUGGCCUAUUUUUCAACGAACUGUACAAAUAACUGAGACGCAAGAGAAGAGUACUUCAAUGGGAUUACUUUUACAAUGUAUUAUACUUCCGGCUACUACAACCCUUCUUCAACUCCACCUCACGGUUUUAAACUUGAAGAGCAAACAUAUUACUCAAGCUUGGACAAAACUAUAGAUAGCUAUCUCAAUCUCAGAGAGACUCAGAUCACUUCCAGUUCAGGCUCGACACAAGACUCGUUCUACACGGGUUACUCCAUUAACAUCAAUUCAGGCAGUUCGAUAGGAGGAAUCCCUCUUUUGAUUCAGGUUUUAAGAGAUAGCAUCACUAACAAAAUACAAACAACCACUAAAACAGCCUGGACACCGGUAACGGAUGGGAGGAACCUUGACAGUCAGAGUACAAGUACAACUCAAGUAAAAAUAGAGACGAAGAAGAUGAUGUUUUAUUAUAAUGUGCUAUAUGUGAUGGCUAAUAUAGGAGGCCUGCUUGCAAUCUUAUGGCUGAUCAUCACUCUACUCAUCAAACCAAUAACAAACAAGAUGCAGACUCUCGGCUUGAUAAACAAUUUCAAUAAUGAUAGAGAGUAUUUGAUAGAUAGUUACAAGAGUAUUGAACAAUGCCGGAUGGAAGAACUUGCUCAAUUUAAGAAUUCACUCAUUCAGAAAGAAAAUAGACAGGCCAUGCUGAGAAUGAACGGAUGUGAAGAAGAGGAUGAGAAAGUCCAAGAGCUGAACGGAGUUGUCCAGCAUAACUCUGGAGAUCAGAUGAAGCCUAUUGAAUCGCAAUUUGAUUCUUCAAAAUAUCCGAAAUCAAAGUCUUUGAAGAAGAGAAGCACUGCUAAAGUUUAUGCUGUUCAGGAAGAAAGUAUAGAUUCUUCUAGUCGUGAAUUUCAAAGUAAUAAGGACUUAUUCUUGUCACAAAAGAAGAAUGAAAGUGCAUACUACACAACUUGGGAUAUGCUAAGAGCUACUUUAUACUGUUGCAGGUCAAAGACUUCCAAUUCAUUAAAUUCUAAAGAUAUUAGUCUUCUGCAGGACCUCGAUUUUCUUAAUAGUGAGAGAGAUAUUAAAACCUUCCUAUCCAAAUUGACUACACUCGAAAAGAGAAAUGCUGUAUUAUCAGAAUUACUUGAAGCUAGAAUUAUCAAGAAGAAACAUUAACCUCUAAGUAAUUCUAAAAAAAUGAC